GAUGAAUUGAAUUUAACCUACUCGUCCAAAAAAAGAAGAAAAAAAAUUGAAUUUCGGAAUAUUUUUCGAGCUUGACCCGGGUCAAACGUCCUUCUCUGUUUACUCUAAGCAUCGGAUGCCGAUCCAUUUCGAGGAAGAGGGCUUUUGAGGGAUUCUCUGAGAUCGGUUUGUGCAUUCACAUCAUGAUUUCUACUUUCUAACUCCACCGAAGACGCAGCUCCAACUCCGAGCAGGCAAAAACCAGAGCGAGGCAGAGAGGACUUUUGCGAGGGAAGCCCCACAAAAACAUGGCAGCAACCGGUGGUUCCAGCGCGUCGGCGACCCAGUACGACGUGUUCUUGAGUUUCAGAGGGCCCGACACUCGCAACACCUUCACCGACUACCUCUACCGGACCAUGGUCGGCCAGGGGAUCGUCGCCUACAGAGACAGCGAAGAGCUUCACGCUGGUGAUCGGAUCGACGAUCUUCUGAGAGCGGUCGGCGAGUCCAAGAUCUGCAUACUGAUCCUCUCCAGAGGCUAUGCUUCGAGCGCUUGGUGCCUCCGCGAGCUCGCUCGAGUGACGGAGCUCCAUGAAUCGACUGGGAAGCCGGAGAUCCUACCCAUCUUCUUUGAUGUCACGCCCACCGACGUCAAGCUCAGGACGGAAAUGUACCUGAAGGACUUGGAGAAGCAUGAGCAGAGGCACGGUGCCGAGAUGAGGCAACAGUGGGAGGCGGCUCUGGGAAAAGUGGCUGAGAUCAAGGGAUGGGAAGUCCAAGGGAAAGCACAAGGUGAAGUCAUUGAACGUGUUGUGAAAGAGAUUCUGCGUAAGCUGAAAGUAAAACAAAGACCUCUGGACAACAAAUUGGUUGGGGUAGAAAAACAAGUAGAAGCCAUAAUGGAAUUGUUAGAUGUUGACUCUGGCACGGGUGUGCGUUUUGUUGGAAUCCAUGGAAUGGGCGGGAUCGGUAAAACCACUCUUGCUAAGAAUGUUUUCAAUGAAUUAUAUCUUCAGUUUGAUGGCCAAUGCAGCUUCAUUGGGAACAUCCGAGAAUCAUCAAAAGGAAAUGGCCUAGUGAAUCUGCAGAAACAGUUGGCAUCUGACAUCUCUGAUUCUAGAUUUGUAGAAAAUUUUGGUAACACCGAUGAAGGGAUAGACAGCAUAACAAGGAGAGCUAGUUCUAAGAAAGUUCUCAUUGUUCUAGAUGAUCUAGACAAGAAAGAACUACUUAAGAAACUAGUGGGGGGGCCUAACACUUUUGGUUCCGGGAGUAGGAUCAUCAUAACAACAAGAAAUAGAGGGAUUCUGGAUGAAGAGAUGGGAAUCUUACCUUAUGAAGUAAAGCAAAUGGAUCAUGAUAAAGCGCUAGAGCUUUUUAGUUUGCAUGCCUUUAACAAUGUCUCUCCUCCUGAUACUCAUCAAAGUCUCUCUCGGAAAGUUGUAUCUACGACCGGGCGACUCCCAUUGGCUCUUGAAGUUAUAGGUUCCUAUCUUCAUCACCAAAACGAGGAGAUAUGGAAAGAAAUGCUAGAAAGGUUGAAGAAUAUACCUCAUGAUGAAGUUUGGGAUAAGUUGAAAAUAAGUUAUGAUGCAUUACGGGAGAAGGAAAAAGAAGUUUUUCUUGAUAUUGCAUGCUUCUUCAUAUCUAGAAAGAAAUUAUGGGCAGCCUAUUUCUGGGAUGCUUGCCAUCUUUACCCCCAUAACUCAUUGAAAAAACUUACCGAUUUGUGUCUAAUUAAAAUUGUUGAUGGUGAUACUAUAUGGAUGCAUGAUCAAUUGAGAGACCUUGGAAGAGACAUUGUUAAAAAAGAAUGUACCCUUAGUAGGUUGUGGAAUGACAAAGAAGCUUUGGAAGUAAUGAGAUCAAAAGAGAGAAAGGACAAAAUUAAAGCACUCAAUUUAGGUCAAUAUAAUUCGGAUCCCAUCAGCAUUGUGGAUGAAGAACUUGAGAGGAUGCCAAAUCUAAAAUUUCUCAAGUUAUAUGGAGGGACUUUUGUUGGAGACAUCAACAAUAAUCUCCAAGAGCUAAGAUGGCUUUCUUGGGAUUCUCCUCCUUUAGAUCUUGGAAUGACCAAUUUACACUUGAAAAAUCUAGCAGUUUUCGAACUUUCAUACAAUAAAAACACCGACAACUGGGGUGGAUGGAACAUUUUGAAGAUGGAAAACAAAUUGAAAGUUCUUUCUCUCUUCAAUUGUGAUGGAUUGAAACAGACUCCAGACUUUUCUAGAUGCGUGAGUUUGGAGAUACUAUCUCUUGAACAGUGUCUCUCUUUGCAAGAAGUUGACUCCUCUAUUGGGAAACUAAAAGAUCUUACUCACUUGCAAAUUCAUUCGUGCAUAAAUCUUCAAAAUUUGCCUAAAGAGAUUGGAGGACUGAUGAAUCUAAAGCACUUUUCUAUCGGGAGCUGCUCCAAAAUAAAGAAACUUCCAGACUUCGGGAAAUUAGCAUCAUUGUCGAAGUUGGAUAUAUCACAUACAGAAAUUACAAGUUUACCUGAUUCUAUUGGUAAUGCAAAGAACCUAUCAUCCCUUGAUCUAUCUUGGACGUCAAUUGCGGAACUUCCAAUUUGUAUUGGAGAGCUUACACAACUCAAAUUCCUUUCACUCUCUGUUUGUCAUAAUCUUGUGGAGCUUCCAGAAUCAAUAGGUUAUUUGACAAAAUUACAGAUGUUGGAUCUCUCAAGGACAAAAAUUAUUGAGUUACCUAAUUCGAUAAAGAAUCUCAAGCAGUUGAAGGUGAUGAGGAUGGCAUUCUGUCCAAUACAGAGGUUGCCAGCCGGUAUUGGAAUGCUAGAGAGCAUGGAGGAGCUCAAUGUCCGAAAUUGUCAACAACUUGCGGGCGAACUCCCAACUGCAAUUGGCGAACUAUUGUCUCCAAGUAUCCUAGACAUAUCGCAAACUAGUGUUUGUGCAGUCCCAUCGACGACAAUUAAUUCCCUUACGCAACUCCAAGAGCUGGAUCUAUCAUUUUGUAAUGAGCUUCAAGAGUUGCCAAAACUUCCCUCAAGUUUGAAUUGCCUACGUGUUAAAUCGGCAUCAUUGUGGUUAGUUCCGGAUCUUAGUUACCUCACGAAUCUAGUGACUUUGGAGCUGUCCAACAACUCUAGACAAGCACUUGCCCAGGCAUCAACUCUUCAAUUACAAUGGGUUGGGAAGUUAUCUAAGCUGGAGCGGUUGGAGUUGUGCCUUUCGGAUCUUCCUGUGCCGUCAAUAGAGUUGGGUUGCCUACCUCGACUUAAAACACUCACCUUACCUCGCAUGGAUAGUUUUGACUCGGUAGUCGUUGGACCACAAUUUUCGCACUUGAAAAAUUUGUCCACAUUGCAUCUUUGUCGCUGUCCACUGAUGGAAAUUCAACUAGAUGGGCUUGAACUAUUGGGAGAUUUGACUGUGACAUACUGCGAGUUUCUCAAGGGAUUGUCAGUUAUUUCAUCGAGCUUGAAGAAGCUUUCUAGAAUGGAAGUUAGUAAUUGCCCAGAGUUACUUCAAAUUCGAUUUCUCAGUACGAUGGAAUCAUUGGAGAGGCUCAUAGUUAAAUACUGCGAAUCCCUAGGAGGGUUGUAUGGUUUAUCAAACUUGAAGAAGCUGAACUUUUUAACAUUCAUCAGGUGCCCUGUGCUACGGGUUAUGGAGGGCCUUGAAGAAUUGGAUCAUUUGCAGCACUUGGAAUUCGGCACGUGUCCAUCGUUGAAAGUGUUGACUAAUCGAUCCAACUCAAAGAUACCAAAUGAAUGCAACGUAAAUGUAUGGGAUUGCGAGAAGUUACCAUAUUGCGGUUAUGGCUGUUACGGGGAUUACAGAAAGGAGAUUCUUGAGUGGACGAGGAGGGGAUUAAACCAGGAGGGUGCGGCACAGUUCUUGGAACGCGGCCAACCGCUCAUCGUACAGAUGCUAGAAGAAUUGAAGGUUCCAUAUCACAAAGACUGGGAUGGAUUGAAAUGGACUGGUUACCCUAGUUUGGAGACAUUGUAUUUUCACUACUGUCUAAACGUGCGAAAAUUUGACUCCUCUAUUGGGAAGAUGAAAGUUCUUACUCACUUGGACAUUAUUCGGUGUACGAAUCUUCGAACUUUACCCGAAGAGAUUGGAGGACUGGUGAAUCUGAAGCACUUGUCUAUCAAAAAGUGCUCCCAAAUGGAGAAACUUCCAUACUCUAUAGGGAAAUUAGGAUCAUUGUCUAAGUUGGAUAUAUCAUCCUCAAGAAUUACAAGUUUACCUAAUUCAAUUGGCAAUGCGAGACAUCUAUCAUUCCUAAAUCUAUCAGGCACGCCAAUUGUGGAACUUCCAAUUUCUAUCGGAGAGCUUACGCAACUCGAGUUUCUUUCUCUCAAAUAUUGUUGAAAUUUGGGGGAGCUUCCAGAAUCAAUAGGCAACUUGACAUUGUUACAGAAGUUGAAUCUCUCAGGGACAAACAUUGUUGAGUUACCUAAUUCGAUAAAAAAUCUGAAGCAAUUGAAGGUGAUGAGGAUUGGAUUUAAUCCGAUAAGGAGGUUACCUGCCAGUAUUGAAAUGCUAGAGAAGUUGGAGGAGCUCUAUGCUGAACAUUGUGAACAACUUGCAGGCGAACUUCCGAUUGAAAUUGGCAAACUAUUGUCUCUACGCAUCCUAGACAUUUCAUAUACCCAUAUUAGUGCAGUGCCGAUGGCAAUCAAUUACCUCACGCGACUCCAAAAGCUGGAUCUAACACAUUGUGAUGAGCUUCAAGAACUGCCGAAGCUUCCCUCGAGUUUGCAUUGUAUACGUGUUCACUCGGCAUCAUUGCGGUUAGUUUCGAAUUUCAGUAACCUCACGAAUCUAGUGGAAAUGCUUUUGUCUAACGGCUUUGGACAAGCACCUGCCCAACCAUCAAACCCAAUGCAAACUUUCCAAUUGCAAUGGGUUGGAAAGUUAUCUAAGCUGGAGAAGUUGAGCUGGGGCCUUUCAUAUUUUCCCAUUUCGUUAACAGAGUUGGGCUGCCUACCUCAACUUAGAGAACUCACUUUAUCUGGCAUGGACAGUUUUAACUCGAUAGUUGUUGGACCACAAUUUUCCAACUUGAAAAAUUUGUCCAUAUUGUGUCUUCAUGGCUCUCCACUGAGGGAAAUUCAAUUGGAUGGGCUUGAACUUUUGAGAAAUUUAGGUGUGAGAGAAUGCGAGUUUCUUGAGCGACUAUUAGUAAUUUCAUCAAGCCUGAGGAAACUCUAUAAAAUGGAAGUUUUACAUUGCCCAAAGCUACUUGAAAUUCAAUUUCCCAGUACAAUACAAUGGUAUCAUUAGAGGAACUUUGAGUUGGCAACUGCGAUUCCCCGAGAGGGUUGCACAAUUUAUCAAACUCGAAGAAGCUGAAGGCUUUGCGGAUCUACCAAUGCAAUGGGCUAUGGCUUGUUGAGGGCCUUGAGGAAUUGGAGCUUUUAGGUUUUUUGUAUCUUUCUAGGUAUGGAUUGUUGGAAAGGUUGACUGAUGUAUCCGACUCAAAGAUACCAAAUGGAUGCAUGAUAGAAGUAUGGGGUUGCAUGAAACUAACUAGUUAUGAGGGCACUUACCAGGGUUACAAAGAGAUGAUUCUUGUCAAGACGAGAAUGACAUUCAUUGAGGAGGAUGAAAUGGAGGAGAACGACCGCAUUGAUUGUUCCACGGGCAUAUUAGAAUGUAUCUGCAAUCCCUUAUCAUUUUUUCAAGGGAGGAGUCUUCGGAGGCAGACAGGAUAAGUAAAUUGUCUUGCAGGAUAAUGCAGACGUGGAGUCAGGAAAAAUUGAAUUGAUCUCUAUGCAUUUUGGUUAAGGGUACAAAACUAAAUCGAUGGCUCCAAGAGAAUGCUUUCACUCUUUUUGAUGAACUCAAGUGCACAGAGGUCGAGGGACCAGUUUCCUGGAAACAGGAAUGCAGUUUGCAUGUGGAUUUACUCUGCUUCGAGGAUUUGCUAACUGUCCAUUCGUUGAGAGCUAUAUACAGGAAAUCUAGCAAAGACACAACAAACGCAACUUCAAUUGAACAUUGAGACAUUGGUAAAUAGAAUGCAAUAGGAACUAUCUGCGAUGGAGUCGGGCAUUCCGCUGGAAAGGUUGUGAGCAUGUGGUGUGAAGUACUAUUAACACCAGAAUGGCAUAGCGUAAUACAGAACACAAACAUCAGAGUGGAAAAUCCAUGCGUACAAGCAAUUCUUACUACUUAAUUGGAAAAGAAACAACCUGGCGGUGAUGAGAAUUGACACAAAACAGAACAGAAAUGAAAAGAGACAACGGAAUUAACUUCAUCUCCACGGAAUGCCCUCAAGCUCAUUGGUCCCUCUGUUUUCUUAUGGACAACAUCAGAAUUGACACAAAACAGAACAGAAAUGAAAAGACAAAACCAAAGGCAAUCGAAAUCACUUUUAAAAUUAAUCGGAGACGAAGUGACCUGGCAGGAAGAUGCAAGGGAAACAGAUGCAGAAGAAUCAGUGAUGGAGACCAAUAACUACUAUUCUCAGAACUUGCCAUUGACUAUAGGUUUUCUAUGGUCUCCAGAACCCGAUACUGAGCUCGAUUCUACAAGCUUGAAUAAUUCCAAGUUCUUCCACGAACCGCAUCUUCGGAUGUUUCCAGAAGUUUAUGCUCAAUUCUAUAAGCAAAAUGUUACUGAUUCUAGCAAUGGAGAGAUGAAUGAAUUCACAAUGUGAUCGAGUUUGGGAACCUGUGAAAUUGCCAGAAGUAAUGGAGUUUGCUCUAAGGACAUGUCCCCCCUCUCCCAGGUCCAUCACAAGAGAAAAUUUUUGUGGAUUUGUCCGAGAUAUGGAGGAGAGCUCUAUUCCUAUGUGCUACAGAUUGAGUUCCCGGGAAACGGAUUUUUGGACUUCACUGGAUAAAGCAGGCCACUGAGGGACUAGUUUUCGGGUUGAUUACGCUGAAGCUACAGUGGAAUGGUUUCAUAUGCAAUAUAUGGAGAGUUAGGAAUGACUUGCUGCAUAAUUAACUUGCUCCUCCUGGUUGUGAUGAAUCCCCUUGUGUUUGCGGGAGCUGCACGAUGAACUUCCUCCUGAACAAUGGAGAUCGGGCCAUUUGAGAAAAGCAAGGGCUGGGAUCAAUUCGUUGAAUUUUGCCGAAACGGACUAGGCAGGAUGGGCAGCAAGAAGGGCGACAUCAUGAGCGUUGGUUAGUGUCGUGAUCAAACGGUCCCAGAUUGAAACAAUUUGAUCCAAAGGUGGGGAACAACGACGGGCUUAACUUCCUCGGCAAGUUUUGCACGCUAAGAUUUCCAGAAGUUUAUUUACCUUUUAGACCAUCUAGAUCAUAAUCGAUGAAGCUUGAGAUUGGGGGCAAGUGAUUGACUCCAUGCUACAUCUCGCGUCAGAUCAUCAUCUCGCAACUUCCUCUGUCAUUUAUUAGAGAAACGCUCCUAUAACAAUGAAUCGGUAUAGUGAUUUUACGAC